AUGAGGUUUCUUAUCUCAUUUCUUUGUGUUCUUGUGUUAGUCUCUUAUGCCGUUGCUUAUGAUCCUUUGGAUCCAAAUGGAAACAUAACAAUCAAAUGGGAUGUUAUGUCGUGGACCCCAGAUGGCUACGUGGCGACGGUUACGGUCAACAAUUUCCAAAUGUUUCGGCACAUAAUGAAUCCGGGAUGGACGUUAGGAUGGACAUGGGCUAAGAAAGAAGUUAUAUGGUCAAUGGUGGGAGCUCAAACGACAGAACAAGGAGAUUGUUCUAAAUUCAAAGGCAACAUACCUCAUUGUUGCAAGAAAGUUCCUACAGUUGUAGACCUUCUACCUGGUGUACCUUACAAUCAACAGUUCUCAAACUGUUGUAAAGGUGGAGUUGUUGCGGCUUGGGGACAAGAUCCUUCGCAAUCUGUAUCGGCUUUUCAAGUUAGUGUAGGACAAGGUGGAACGUCGAACAAAACGGUUAAACUUCCAAAGAAUUUCACUCUUUUGGCUCCUGGACCCGGUUAUACUUGUGGCCCUGCAAAGGUUGUUCCUUCCACGGUUUUUCUUACAACUGAUAAGCGCCGCAAGACUCAAGCAUUGAUGACAUGGAAUGUUACCUGCACAUAUUCACAAUUUCUAGCAAGAAAGAAUCCAAGUUGUUGUGUAUCUUUAUCAUCCUUCUACAAUGAAACAAUUACACCAUGUCCUUCGUGUGCAUGUGGCUGCCAAAGCAAGAAGAACUGUGUAAAGAGCGACUCUAAAAUUUUGAGCAUGGUUGGAGUUCACACUCCAAAGAAAGACAAUGAGCCAUUGAUGCAAUGCACUCAUCAUAUGUGUCCAAUUAGGGUUCAUUGGCAUGUGAAGACUAACUAUAAAGACUAUUGGCGCGUCAAAAUCGCAGUAACGAAUUUCAAUUACAGAAUGAACUACACUCUUUGGACUCUUGCUAUUCAGCAUCCAAAUCUUAACAAUGUCACACAAGUUUUCAGCUUCAAUUACAAGCCACUUCUUCCCUAUGAAUCCAUAAAUGACACAGGAAUGUUCUAUGGAAUGAAAUACUUCAAUGAUCUACUAAUGGAAGCAGGACCAAAGGGAAACAUUCAAUCAGAAGUAUUACUUCAGAAAGACAAAAAAUUCACAUUCAAACAAGGAUGGGCAUUUCCUCAUAAGGUUUACUUCAAUGGCGAUGAAUGCAUGCUUCCUCCGCCCGAUACAUACCCUUUUCUCCCUAAUUCUUCACCUGCAACCAUAGUUACCUUCAAAGCACUCAUCUUCUCAUUACUUUUACUGCUAGCAGUUUCAUAG